AUGAUUGUUACUCUUUUAGCAUGAAUUGCGCAGAGAUUUGAAUCUUCGUAUAAGCCAACUAAAAAUGCUUCUGCUGCUUCUUGAAGGGCUAAAACUGCUGAGCUUUGGAAUCUCAAAUCGCUUUUGUAUUCUUGGGCAAGUUCUCUAACGAGUCUUUGGAAUGGGAGCUUCCUUAUAAGAAGCUCAGUACUUUUUUGGUAUUUUCGGAUCUCUCUUAAUGCUACAGUCCCUGGUCUAAACCGAUGGGGCUUCUUGACGCCAGCUAUAGAAGAUGCUGAUAGUUUUUUAGCUGCUUUGGAGGCUAAUUGCUUUUUAGGAGUUUUUCCUGAUAAUGGGGUUUUUCUUGCAGUUUGCUUGGUUCUCGCCAUUAAUAUUAUUAUAUUCCAUAAAGUUUUUUAUUAACUUUAAAAUAUGCAUAUUUUUCAGUGGUCAGAAAAAAAUAAAAAAAUAUAGCAAAAUAAAUAAUGCCAGAGAUUUAAAGAUAUAAAUGCUAGAAAUAAUGUUUAAUAAAUAAACUUCUAACAGCGCCUUUAUCUGCACUGCAUGGCUGUCUUAUUGUAAUUGCCCGAGGAUGGCGCUAUCUUGCGCCAUCCUUGAGCAAUUUAAAAAAAUGGCCCCACACCGGGAAUUGAACCCACGUGUGGGGCCAUUUUUGGUACAUGGAGUCGAUGUUCUCCACAUACCAAAAAUGGCCCCACACGUGGGUACAAUUCCCGUGCGGGGCGUAUUUUUUGAAUUGCCCGAGGAUGGCGCUAUCUUGCGCCAUCCUCGGGCAAUUACUAUAAAAGCUUUUGAGAAUGCUUUAUAUUGGGCAAGUUAGCAUUUGCCUAUGAAUGAUUUAAUAUAUUAGUUAUUUAUGCUAUGGAGAGCAAUCAAUAA